ACCACACGGCAUCUGAGUCAGUGUCAAAGUCAAGCCUUUCACUUUUGAGUUUCAAGAGAAAAAAUAUCACUGAAAAAAAAUCCAUCUUAACUCAAUCCUCAAAAUUCCCUUUCCCAUUACUUUUCCUUCAACAAUGGACCUCUCUCAUCAUCUUGCUCGCCAUCAUGCCCUCUAACUCUAACUAACAAUCUUCUACCUCAUGGCCAUGGAUGAGUAUGAAUGUCAUGAGAUGGUCCACGUGGCAGUUGGCAAGUCCCUCAAGAAAGCCGCCACUUUGCUUCAAUGGUGUUUUACCCAUUUCAGCAAACCACAGAUUUUCUUACUUCAUGUUCACCAACCUUCUACUAUGAUCCCCACACUGUUGGGGAAAUUGCCAGCAUCCCAAGCUAGUCCUGAAGUGGUGUCUGCUUAUAGAAUAGAAGAAAAAGAAGACACCAAGAGGCUUUUGGAGAAGUACUUGAGCCUUUGCCGUGCUGCUAAGGUUAAGGCAAGCAGUGUCAUUGGUGAAGCUGAUCAAGUCCAGAAAGGGAUUGUUGACUUGGUUACUGUGCAUAAUGUCAGGAAGCUUGUUAUUGGAGCAAUACCAGAAAAUUGCAUGAAAAUCAAAAGGAAUUCCAGCAAAGCAAAUUAUGCUGCCAAAAAUGCUCCCCCAUUCUGUGAAAUAUGGUUUGUCUAUAAUGGUAAGCACAUUUGGACAAGAGAAGCUUCCGAAACACCUCGUUCUUUGUCUUCACGUGCCCAACCUGAGACUACAACUGCAGAGAGUUUGAGUUGCAGAUCUUUUCAUGAUGGUACGAAAGAAUUGUUACAUUCAGAAUGUCUUCAAUUAAAUUCUACAAAGACUACAAGAAGUAUGGUUCAGAGUGAAAUCAUUGAAGCAGAAGCUACUUUUUCAUCCAAAUCAUCCAGUUGUAAUAGUCAUUGUUCUCCCCAACAUUCGGCCGGUUGGUAUUUAGAUACUCAUUCAGAGUUUGAGGAAGAAACAAUUGAUAGUCAACUUAUUGAAACCAAGAGAGAAGCUAAGGCUGCAACAGACAAGGCCCUAGCAGAGCUGUUGAAGAGCAAAAGGUUGGAAGUCAAAGCCAUUGAAGCCAUUAGUAAGGUCAACUUUUUUGAGUCUGCCCAUGCACAUGAAGUAAAGCUCAGAAAAGAGGCUGAGGAUGCACUAAGAGCUACAAUACAGGAGCAACAGAUGUUCUUGGAUGAGAAAGAAGAAAUUGCUAGGGAGUUGGAAAGGACUGUGAGAAGUAUUUCCCUUCUAGGCAAUUGUGCACAUGAAACCAACCAUAAGCGAGAUGAAGCUGAAAAUGAACUAUCACUAAUUCAAGCAUCCAUCUCAAACCUGUGGCAUGAAAAGCAGCAAAUCAGGCAGCAGAAAAUGGAAGCCCUACACUGGCUUGAGCGGUGGAAAAGUUGCGGACAAGUUGGAGCAGAUCACUGCAAUGGAGUCAUUGGGUUUGCUGAAGAAUUCCCUGAGCUUGCCGAAUUUUCAUUAUCAGAUCUUCAAAAUGCCACAUGCAAUUUUUCUGAGAGUUUCAAAGUUAUGGAGGGUGGAUAUGGUUCUAUUUAUAAGGGGGAAAUGUUGGGUAGAACAGUUGCUAUAAGGAAGCUCCAUCCACACAACAUGCAAGGAUCAUCAGAGUUUCAUCAAGAGGCUCAAAUUCUUGGUAGUCUCCAACACCCUCAUCUGGUUACUUUGCUUGGUGUUUGCCCUGAAGCCUGGUCAUUUGUAUAUGAGUACUUGCCCAGUGGAAGUCUCCAAGAUUAUCUAUUCCGAAAAAGCAGUUUUCUGCCAUUGACUAGGAACAUCCGAGCACAAUGGAUUGCCGAAAUUGCUACAGCUCUCUGCUUCUUGCAUUCUUCAAAACCUGAAACUAUUAUCCACGGUGGUCUGACUCUUGAAACUGUCCUUCUGGACUCUGCACUUAGUUGCAAGAUAUGUGAAUUUGGGUUCAGCAGGCUGGUGAAAGAGGAGUCAGUUUAUCUUCCUAACUUCCACUUCAGCACUGAGCCAAAGGGUUCUUUUACAUAUACAGAUCCUGAAUUUCAGAGAACUGGAGUACUGACACCUAAGUCUGACAUAUACUCUUUUGGAAUCAUCAUUUUGCAACUCCUCACUGGUAGGACUCCAGUUGGAUUAGUGGGUGAAGUACGGAGAGCAGUUUCUUGUGGAAAAUUGUAUCCAAUUUUGGAUUCUUCAGCUGGAGAAUGGAAUUCCACCAUGGCAACACGAUUGGCUGAACUAGGAUUGCAAUGCUGCCAACUGAACAGUAGAGUCAGACCAGAGUUAACACCUUCUCUAGUGAGAGAAUUGAAGCAGUUGCUUGUUUUAGAAGAGCGACCUGUACCAUCUUUUUUCUUGUGUCCAAUCUUUCAGGAAAUAAUGCAUGAUCCUCAAGUUGCAGCAGACGGAUUUACUUAUGAAGGGAAGGCCAUAAGUGAAUGGCUGGAAAAUGGACAUGAAACUUCUCCUAUGACUAAUUUAAAAUUGACUCACCUGAAUCUCACUCCCAAUCAUGCACUUCGACUUGCUAUCCAAGGCUGGCUUUGCAAAUCUUGAAGUUUUAUUAAUUCAUUUAUGAAUGUUGUAAAUAUCUACAUAUCUAUUUUUUUUGCUUGAUUACAUUGCCUUUCUUUGUUGCUUUCUAGCUCAAAUCAAUCACCAUAGUGUUUGAUGAUAGAGGAUUAGUUGAUUUCUAUUGUUUAUGCUAUCCUGAAUGAGUCUUGUACGUUCUGACUGACCUAUUGUACAUUCAAAAUUACAACUUGAGAACUAAUAGAAUUUUAUACGGA